CCAAGCUUCACGUGCGUUAUUGCUUAGGUCAAUUCUUGUUUGGGUGCCUUUUUUAAAUACAACUAAGCUUAAAUUUUACAAUUUAAAAUGCUCAUUUUAAGGAAUUGAUGAUGGACAGACAGUUGAAACGUAAAAAGAGGAAAUUGUUGAAACGAAAGCUGGGCCCCAUCGAUGCAGCAAUCGACAAAGGUAAGAGAGGCUAGAUGAUCCGCGCUGGUAUGCUCCGAAGUUUAAUACAGCUGUCCGUUGAAUCUGCCUUGAAUGCUAUCACAGUUCAUUUCAAUUUUGCAGGCCCGAAAGCAAAGAAACGAAAGGGUACAAGGAAAAGUCGAGAAACGUUAGAAGAAAUCGUUAACAAGGUCGAACAAGGUACACCAGAAUUCUUUUGCCACAAUAUUCUAUCUUAGCUUAUGUUUGGGUAAUAAUGUUCUGAACUGUUUUACUACUUAUCCAUUAUAAUCAAGCACCAGCUCUUCAAAACGUGUGCAGGUUUUCAGUGGUAAAUUAAUGGACUGAUCAUGAAUGAAUAUAAUUGGUUCGAAGCCGAUUAAUAAUUCUUUUUAUUAUUCCUUUGUCUAGAAAAUGGUGAUCAGGUUUCGACCAAUGAUGAGUCCCAGCCUGAACAAAAUGGUAAGUAGUCAUGAUUAAUCACAAAGUAAUAUGCUGCAAAAUUACCUGGUAUCAUCACAGGUAGCCCAAGCUCGAAAUAUGAGCAUCACAUUACGCUCAUAUUUUGAGCUUGGGCUACCCGUGGUAUAAUUUUUGAACAAACCCAUUAUCUUUAAUAAGGUAACCUGUUACAGUCAAACCCGGUUAAUAUAGACACUGAGGGGACCAUAGAAAGUGUCCGUAUGGAAGCCAGUGGUUUCGCCCCAUGGUGAGUUCGCCCUCAACUAGUUUGCCCCAUAACACUGAUCAAUUCAUAUUAGCACAUAGUGAAAUAGCCUCAUUUAGAGUUUACAUCACAAUCCAUCACCCAUUUCAAUUUUAACUACCGUACUCACCUUGUACCAAAAGAUUGUUUUGAUGUAAACCGUUAUCGGCUGAAGCUUUCCAUACUUGACAUAACCUUAGUUUUCCAACUUUUUGCAUGUGAAGUGUCGGUAGAGGUCAGUUGUUCGAAAUGGCUUUAAUUGAUCCAGUUUGACUCAAUUUCACUUCACUCUGUGAUUACAAACGCAACUUAAACAUUUUAAAGGAAAUGCUGUUUCCACGCAGUUUUUUUCAUCAAGGUCAUUGAUUUCGAGACAACAGUUACCGCCAACCAACAAUAAAAUUUCCUAACUUUGAUUAGAGAUUUCCUUCGAUAACCUAAGCCAAUUAACAGGUAUGCUUUAAAUAAAAUGUAAAUGUGUCAUUUGACUAGAGUUUGGAGUUAUACCAUUCCAUGGUGAACUUAGAAAGUAGGGGGCGAACUUGUAGGGGGCUAAUUCACUAGGGGAUGAACUAACUGAUAUCCGUCCGUAUUAACAAGGUGUCCUUAUUAAGCGGGUUGAGUUUUGAGAAUAUGUAGGGGCUUUCUUUCCCCAGGGAUAAAGCAAAAUGUCUGUAAUAAUGAGGUGUCUGUAUUAACCAGGUGUUCGUAACUUUAGCGGGGUUUGCCUUUAUUUUUAAAAUUUGUAUUGAAGUGCUGAUCAGUAGACAUUUCUUUUAAUAGUAAUUUUUACUCUUUUUUGGUACUGUCAAUUAUCAAUUUCCUUUUGAAAACAGGCCUCUUUUUCUGUGCCUUUUGUAAAAACUAUCUCAGAAGUAUAUUAGUUCAACACUGAGAUUUUAAGAUUAUAUCACAACUUCAGUUGCUAUGACAACUCAAACAGUAAACUGUACUCAGUGUUUCAGUAGACAUACAGUUUUGACUAGUAAUGCAUUUUUUUCUGAAUCUUUUAAAUGUAGGUACCAAAUCAACACAUAUAUCAGAUGGCAAUAGCUUAGAGCCUGCCACAAAAAAGAAAAGGACUUCAUAUGAGAGUGUGAGCUUACCUGAAGGUAGGUACAGUGUAGUGUUAAGUUACAUAUACAGUGUACACUUUCUACUCUUAGUAAAUAAUAAUUUUCGUGACUUAAAUAUAAAAUGCUGUUAGUAGAUAACCAGUGUCCGUAAAGUGGGAUUGAUGAUAUGAAAGUUGACCACUGCCCGCCUGACGUGGGACACAGAAAAGUGUCUGUUUUUGGUAUUAAGCGGGUUAAUUUUAUAGAAAAUCCAUGAGCCUUUCAUUGGGUCAAACGAGAUUGUUGGUUAUAUAUCGUGUUGGUAUAAAGCAAGUGUUCUUAAAGAGGGGUUUCACUGUACAUGCACAAAUUUAUACUUCUAUAGGUUACGGUAGUACAUAUAAAUUGCUUUCACAGGCAACCCAGUUGUCCAGAGCUUACUGCAGAUUGUCCUUUGUCUGAAUUUAUUUUUAAAAAAGACAAAUUAUUUGUUAAUUUUUUAAAUUAUGAAAAGUGUCAUACGAAGGUACAGCUAAAAAUGUUUCAUUUGAAUGGUUACUUCCACAGGAUGUUGUUCACAAACUCCAAAGGAAUUAUGUCAGAAGUACUUUUCUUGUCUAUAUGAAUGUAAACUGUGUCUAUGCAGGGUUCGAAAUUUACUUUUAUGUCCAGUUGCCCCUGGGGCAACCACAAGACUUGGUUUGGUUGCCCAUAGAAUAUUUUGGUUGUCCAAGCUCUUGCCCCAGUUCAAGCCAAGAAACUAAUACAGCUAGCUGUCUUAUGCGCCUCACUUAUUUCAUGUUUUUUUAUCCCAUCAAGACGGAAACUGUUGUUACCUUUUUCGCUCCCAAAGGCAUAUUUAUGUUGCAGGUAAUUUUUUUUCUUAGGUAAAUUUAAUUUAUCACUAGGUACAAUUUUUUAACCUGGGUAAUUUUGCACCAAAAUAUUUUUUUCAUUUGCUAUGGGGUAACUGACUCUUUUUUUAUUGAUAACAAAGAUAGAGAUAUUGGGUUUUGCCAAGAUAAGGAUAUAACAAUCUGAGAGAGCAAGAUUUUCACUGCAAUUAGCCUGACUCUGUCAGUUAGUCAAUCAGGGGAUUAGAUCUAGGGUAAGGGCUGGGAGUUAGGGUUAGGGAUAGGUUAGGGUUAGGGUUAGAUUAGGGUAAGGGUUAGGGUUAGGGAUAGGUUAGGGUUAGGGUUAGGGUUAGAUUAGGGUUAGGGAUAGGUUAGGGUUUGGGUUAGGUUUGGGUAAGGGUUAGGGUUCAGAUGUACUUGCAGAUUGAAGAGGAGAGAAAGGGGAGAUAGAUUUUGAAGAAAUAAUAAUGGAUGGUUUGCUUUUAUUAUUAAAACACAACAAGUAUAAAAAUAAACUUGAAAGCAGCUUUAUUGUCUAUUGUUCCAUGGCCAUUUUACAUGCUGCUGUAAACGUUAUUUCUUUAGUAGUUUCAAAAACAAUAUUUGGUCUCCAGCAUUUUGUCAAUCUUCAGGGGGAAAUGAGAGUUGUUAUUAAACCAAAUUUGGUUGCUAUUCUUGCAUAUGUGUUUUCCAUUUCAACUAUUUUCCCAAAUAGAACAUUGGGAUGAAGUGCAGUACUUUUAUCAACCUUAUCAAUUUUGACACAGACAUAAUCAUUGACUUCAAAUUUCUUUACACUCGGUCUUGCGGAUUUCAUUUUUUCAUUGUAUUUAUUUUGUUUUUCAUUUGUUUGGCUUUUCAUUUGCUUUCUGUUUUGAGAUGAACUUUCUUCAGCUUUUCUUUUUGAGGUAGGAUUGUUAAUGUCUGAGACUCUGGUAGGCUCCUCAACUUCUGUUUCAAUUGCGUUCUCCGCACAUUCAUUUUCAUCUUCACUUUCUUGUUGUCUAUCUGCUUCCAUAGAGGAACAUUGUUCUGGUGAUGGUGUUGUUGGCAUGCUUCUAUGGGGAAGAAUGCCAAAGACAAGUUCAUAUGGGCUUUUUGAAGUUGCCCUGUGUAUUGUGACAUUUCUCUUAUAGGCAGCCUCUCCAACAAAUCUGCACCAGGUGUUCAAGCUGACUUGUUUCUCCUUAAGGAUGUUUGCCAAGUUUUCCUUAACGGUUCUGUUGUUUCUUUCAACUAGUCCCUGUGUUUGCGGAGUUCUUGGAGCUCCAUGAACUAGGUCAAUUUUAUGUUUAUUGCAAAAGUCUAUCAUGUUCUUAUUCUUGAAUUCUCUUCCAUUAUCUGUGUGAAGCCUUUUAGGAAAGCCAACCUGCCAAAAGAGUUGUGUGACUGCUUCUAAUACUUCCUCACUGGUUUUAUGUGACAGAGGAAAAAGCCAGGAAAACUUGCUGUAAUGAUCAGUUGCAUGUAAAAGCCAGUUGUGGUUUUUUCCACAAGAACAAUUCAAAUUUCUAAAGUCUAUCAAAUCCAACUGUACGUGUGCCAGAAAAUUACUUGCCUGUAUUGGUUUCGUUAUUGGCCGCUUCAAAUGGUCUGUUACACUUUUUUGUUGUUGGUGUAGAUGGCACAGACCGACAAAUAGUGUUACAACAUGUUGAGAUAUUUCUGCAUAUGUCCUCUUUACAAAUUCUUCAGUUUUAUCUCUCCCGCGGUGUGCGGUCGAAGAAUGAGCUUGGGAUAAAAUGCCGUGAAGUUGGCUUCUAGGUACUACAAUUUUUCGGUCCUUCGACAAGAUGUUGUCAUUUUGAAUGGUCCACUGCUUUCGCUUAAUCGUCCCUACAUCUGUCUUUGUCAGUCCGAACUGCUCGUGAUUCUUGCUUUCAUUUUUGAGCCAGUUUUUAGCAUUCUCGUAAAAUUCAUCAUCUAUGAAGACAGUCAAUUUACUGUUACUUUUUUUGGAGCCUUUAAGGGAAUCUAACUUUUCGUAAAACGUGUCUUUAGCGACACAAAACGGUACACUAUCCAUCGCUUUCUUCGCUUUCAAUGAACAAGUCCCAUUUUUAUACAAGUGCGCAUGUGCACGUUUUGCAUAAAUUAAGUUUUGACCGAGGUGAGUCUGGGACCUAGGAAAGAAUAAAUAGAAGAAAUAGAAGAGGGCCUCCUAAAUUGAGCAGUGUGGUCUAGAGAAGAGAGUGAUGGACAGGAGAUCUGAACUGAUACGAAGGUCGUUGGUUCGAUACACGGCGGGUAAGUAAUACUUCUUUAUUCUCAAUGAAGUAAUGGUGUUAAUAUAAAUGCAACACAGUUAGUGUGAAACAGAAUUGUGAGGUAGUGAAAGAGCACAGGUUGAUAGAAGGGGAAAAGAGAGUAAGAGAGAACUGUGAAAGAAAUUUUGUCAAUUCUUUUUUCUAAUUUCUCUAUCUUUGAAGAACCCCCUAAAAAUACCAGGCCCCUAUUUUUCAUCCACACCCCAAAAAAUGAAGGCCCUUUUUCAGACAGUUGACUGACUGGCAAGAGUAAAAUUACCUGGUUAAAAAAAAAAUACCUAGUUCAAAAAUAUAUUUACCUAGUUAAAAAAAAAUUACCUAUUGAAAAUUUUUAACUACAACAUUUAUCUUUCGAAAACUGUCUGCAAUAACUGCAAAACAUAGCGUUUUCUUUCUCGUCAAAUUUCAGCCAGGGUCUUCUAGUCUUCCACGUCUCUUGAAAUGUACGACACCUUUUUCUUGAACUUUCUUGCGCCUUGCCUAAUUCUGCUGUAGAUUUUGCGACACCCGUCGCCGUAGCAUUGCUUUGAUCAUCAUCUUUCUUCGUGGCUUCCAAAUUGUUGUUAUCGCCAACGGCCUUCACUUUCUCACGGCCAAAGUAGCGGAAGAGGCUCAUGUUAACUAACAUGAUUACGGUAAUAAUAAGACGAAUGGUAAAUUGCCAUCGUCGAAACAAACAUGGCGGCAUCACGGAGCGAAUCUCACUAGUGCAUCAUGGACUAUGUUUACUGGUACCAACCGCUGAUUAAAGCACAACAGGCUCAUUCAAAUAAGAAUGUUGUGCAAAAACGAACUUCGGUUUCCAACGGUAGUGUACGUGAUACUUUAGUAUUUCUUCCGCGUUUUUUUUUUUCUUUCCACUAACUUAGUUUAGGUAUCGCUUACUCUCCAAAGACAACAAGCUGUUAUAUUUAUUCAAAUCUAUCAAGUCUUCAUUAUGGAUUAGUGCCACGACAGAUUGGGUUGCCCAAGGGGCAACCACUUAGCACAAUUUGGUUGCCCCAUCGUAAUUUUGGUUUUCCGGGACAACCGGACAACCGUUAAUUUCGAACCCUGCUAUGAGCAGUUACUCUGGGCAAAGCUUUGACAAUGUCUUACAUGCACAUGCGUCUGGUCCUUGCAUUUUUUUUUUUACCAGGUAGUGAGGAAAAUAAUAUUAUUGUUGAUGCUUAUAGAAAGAUUUGAUAUUAAUUUUUUGUCCAGAUGUGACCGUUCCAGAUAGUAAAGAGUUCAAGUCACUUGAAGGAUUUGUGAGUGAAAAGACACUGAAUGCAAUUUCUGACAUGGGCUUCACUACCAUGAUGGAAAUACAGCAUAAAAGCAUUGUACCACUGCUCAAAGGAAGGUACAUUGUUGUUCUGUAAAUUACUAUACUUUUAUAUACAGCUGACAUUUUACAAUGCCAGCACUGAUUUCCCCUUGAAAUGAAGUCUGAGCACAUGUGCAGAAAUUCCAUACUACCCAGAUCUGCAGGGCUGUCACUAAGAUUUCAACUUGCCGGGCAUAUGCAGUUAGUACACUGUAGGUGCAGAACUGAACUGCCUGGGAGUUCUUUUGGUCUCAUUUUUCCUUUGUUUCCUAGGAAAGUGGCUGCAGGAAAUCCCCAGCCCUCGGCUCUUAGUGACAACCCUGCAGAUCUGGGUACUGCUUCUGAAUGGAUGAAGUAAAUUUUCAACCAAUGAGAAGCACUACCCUGAUCUGGGUAGUGAUGGGUCAUCAAAAUGGACAUUUUAUGCUCAUUCCUCAGACAUCAUUUUGUGGGGAAACCAGUGGUGGCAUCUCAAAAUGUCGGCUGGUUUGUUAGGCUAGAAAAAAAUGGACUUAGGUAUAACUCUAAUCUAAAGAGGUGUGUGAAAUAAGACCCUGGGUGAUACCCGUUUUUUGUAGUCUUAUUUUGUGUGUAUAUCAAUCACCCACAUUUCCUCGACAAGAACAUUUCUAUAGAAAUUAUUGCAGUAGUUAUGAGCUGUUUGACAGUUUUAGAAUUUAAAGUCAAUUUUGUCUCGUACUUGUGGCAAAAUAAUAAUUAUGUUCUAAGCAGAAUUGGAUCCAUGGCUUGAGAUCUUUAAAUGAACAGCUGCUACUGAAGAUUGCAGUUUUGUACAUUAAUACAACGCAUGGAAGGUGUAUUUUGAAGAACAUUUAACAGCUGCUGAAUGCCAUAUGAUCCUGAAGUUUUGUGAUUAGGGAACAAGAGCUAAGAAACUGAGCAAGCUUUCUGUUAUGGGGAUUUUGUGAACAGUCAUGCACAAGCAGCACUCCCAGGCUAUUUCAGUAUUACUCAUUAAGUGUUGAUUUGCAGGGAUUUGCUUGGUGCUGCAAGAACUGGCAGCGGAAAGACUCUAGCAUUUCUCAUACCAGCUGUGGAGCUGCUGUACAAGCUAAGCUUUAAGCCCAGAAAUGGUAUGUCAAUUCAUGGAGUCUGCAUGUUUCCCUGGUAGUGAGUAGAGAACAGAAUAGAUUUUUUCCAACGAGUCAUCUCAAAGUCAAUUUAAGUUGAUAUAGAUCUGUGGUGCACCAAGAACACUGAGAUUUUACAGAAUCCAGGCAGACAUUGGAUGCAAGCAGUUGGGCCAUACAAUACAAACUGACAUCUGGUCUAUUUUUGCUUUAUUUAUUUCUUUGUUUUUUGCUUUUUUAAGGAGCUGUAUCAUGAAAUGUGUUAAAAUUCAAACAGUGAGAACUGCCCCCAAAUUGAGUGAAACAUAAAAAUAACCACACAAAACUUUAAAAGAAGGUAUAAAAUAACACAGAAAAACAAAAUUAAGCAUAGAUGGACAGGCUUGAUGAAGGUUAAAAUGGAUUGCAAUAAUAUUAUUGUGGUUUUUUAAAACUUGUUAGCCCAACAGUUUUUCAGAGUUCAUUUUUUUGUCUGUAAUGUUUGCUCUUAUGCAUGGGAGACAUACUUGGAUGACACAAAGCUGUGAUUUUGUUGUUUACAAGUAGUUUCUUCACGAAUGUUGAGGUCCAUAGGAGAAAGUGCUGCCUUUGCAAUGACAUCUGCAAAUGGUUAGACCUUCUAGUCUUCUCGGAUAAGGAUGAAAAACCGUACAUGUAGGUCCUGUCGUACAACACUUUCAGUUAUCUGGUUCUUGUGGAACAUGAUAGAACCCACACAACUAUUCCAAAAGAGUAGGGGACAUGCAUAGACGGUGGUUGUGUGGCUAACCUUUCCUAGGCUGGGUGGGUUACAUGUAUCUAUAAGGACUCACUUAAAUAAACUGGAGCCCCACUCUGUUGCGUGUUCCACACCAUAUUAUGUUGGAAGUGAUUAAAUAAUUAACGACGCCUAAUUGGCAAUAUCAAUGAAAAAAUAAACUAGACGGCCAUGACACAGCUCCUUUCACUAGUUACAUUGAUUUUUAUUAAUUUUUACGUACAGGUACCGGAGUCAUCAUAAUUUCGCCCACAAGAGAGCUCUCCCUUCAAACUUACGGCGUUGCACGAGACUUGGUUAAGUACCACAGCCACACAUUUGGGAUUGUAAUGGGCGGGGCCAACAGGAAGGGUGAAGCUGAACGUCUACAGAAAGGAGUUAAUUUACUUAUUGCAACCCCGGGAAGAUUACUGGAUCACCUACAGGUGCGUGUUAAAUAGGCCCUUUGUAGCUUGUUAAUCACGUAGUUCAAAACUGCCAUGCCUAAGAGCAAGGGACACGCUCUUGUCUCUAUAAUGAUAAAAUAUAUUACACGGGGAGUUCCCUAAGAAACUUACAAAAUUCAGAAUGACUCUUCAAGGGGGGCAAACAGAGCACAAAGAUAAAUCAUCCAUGUAUCAGUGCUCACAAAGCAAUCCUGAUAAACGGUCUGAAAGAUGGAAAUGGUGUGAUGACGGUGCAUUUUUCAUCUCAGAAAUGCUAGUCAAUACUUAACUCCAUGUUGCAAAUCAGAUUCGCCCUCCUUCACUAGCUUUUUCUUCUUCCAUGAGGUUUUGAUUGUCAAGAAAAAAUGAUGAAUCGAUUUGCCAACACUCGUUCUUCCUAAGCGUCUUUAGUACUGUUAUGAGGUGGUGAACAUUUGUAUCGUUUUUUGAAUGAGCUAAUGCAGUGUGAAAUAUAGUGUGAAAAAAACAGGCAGUUCUGUUUCUCUUUUACAGAAUACGCAAGGAUUUAUCUUCAAAAACCUCCAGUGCCUGAUAAUAGAUGAAGCAGACAGAAUUCUUGAGAUUGGAUUCGAAGAGGAAAUGAAACAAAUUGUCAGACUUCUGCCAGGUGAAUGUCCAAAAUGUUGUUAAAUAUGAAGAACUUGUGCCUGUGUUGUGUAUAUGAUAAUGCUAAUCCAGUUUGUCUUAUUCGUUGUUCGCCUUAAUACAGGUUCGUGCGUUCUGCACGAGUCUGUGAAACGCGGUUAUUGUAUUACUGGGCACUGUCUCCUAAUAUCGAACUUGGGCUGCCUGUGAGACGGGACCACUCUUGCUUGCGUCGAAGCGUAUUUUGUGGGUUAGCAAGUGCUCAGUACUUUGUACGAAUCAUGCUUCUACGUUUACGUUAGUCUAUUGAUUUUUUUUUCCAGUUCUAAAAAGUUGUCGUUAUAUUUCAGUCAGUCUAUUUGGUAAAUGUUCAGUGGUGAGAGCUUAAGAUGCCUGCAGUAGCGCAAACUAGUUUCUACAAGCUAAUCGCUAGAUCACUGUUUAUUUAGUUCGCAGGCAGACGGUGCUGUUCUCAGCCACGCAGACGCGCAAUGUUGAAGACCUUGCGCGCGUGUCACUCAAGAAAUCUCCCCUUUACGUGGGAGUUGAUGAUGAUCGAGAGACGUCUACAGUUGAAGGGCUUGAACAGGUAACGUGAAAAUGGACCUUUCUCAGCUUGUCAGCGCAUGCUACAACAACGCUGUGAGACUGGCCAGUUUUGGGCUCAUCGAUUUAGUUUUUGCAGGCUUUUAGUCAACAAGUGAGAUUACACUCAUGGACAAUAAAGUUUAAACAUAGACUACCUGGGUGUACACGUCCCCUAUUUCUCUGUAAUUCUUUUCUUUGCUCCUCUCUCCCAAAAAGUCAAAAGUUAACUAAAUUUUCAAAUUUCAUUUUGUACAAUGUUAAAAAACAAAUCGCUUUAUGUGAAAUAGCCUUCGAAAACAGCCUUUUCUCCUCGCUCUUCGCCGCCAGGCUACAUGUAUAUGUGAAAGUAUUGUCAAGUAGAGUUCGCUUUAAUUGGUAACACAAAGAAACUUUCAUCCACAGACUCAAAAGUUAGAAACGCCUGUAAUGACUCCAUUAUUCACUCUGAGAGUUAAAGGGUUAUUUGUAACCUUCCCAAAUUUGACAGAGGCUUACCAGCGCUUGCGAGAGUACAGUUGUCCGAACCUUUUGCUAUUGAUACGUUUUGGUUGUUGAUUUUGUUGGUUUGUUUUCGUUUGUUUUUGGACUAAAUGAACUGGUUCGAUGAUUCAUUGUGAGAGUUCCCCUUCUUAGGCCGCGUCCACACUUAUUGGCUUGUUGGGCUAAAAGGUAACAGUCUUGACUUUUACUGAGUAUGUCUCAAUUUUAACCAUAGGGGUAUAUAGUUGUUCCUUCAGAGAAGCGUUUUCUUGUGUUGUUCACGUUCCUGAAAAAGAACAGAAACAAGAAAGUGAUGGUGUUCUUUUCAUCCUGUAACUCUGUGAAGUACCAUUAUGAACUGCUUAACUACAUCGAUCUUCCAGUCGCACAUAUUCACGUAAGUAUAUUUGAAAUACUGGCGUUUUUGCCGUACAGUGUCAGUCUUUACAAUCGCCAAUCUCAGUUAUAAAUUCGUCUUUCAUGCUUCCAAAUGUUUCUUACCGAGGAAUCAGGGAAACUGAAAAACACUAUUUUGUAAUAAAAAUUACCGAUAAAAAGUCACGACGUUUCGACCUCUCCGAGGUCAUUUUCAAGUGCGAGUAAACAAUAUAAAAAUUAGCAUAAAUAUUUUACAAACGGUUAAAAAUAGUUCAAAAAAGGUAAGAAUGCCAUGAACAAUAAAAUGCGAUAAAAUAUGUCAUAAGUGAUAAAAUAUUUAUGAACUGGAAAAAAAAACAAAACAAAAAACAAAACAAUGAAGUAGUAAUAAGGCUAAUUAAAACCGAUCAAAACAAAUAACUUGAGCGGAUGGAAUCGCACUGUUUGUUUAGUAUUGGUUUCAGUUCUUUGAUAAAACGCAUUUCAAAAAUAAGGCAAUCAAGUGAAAAAGCUUUUCAAACGUCUACAUCACGAUGAUGGUAACAGUAUUGAGCGGUGUUUGUGUUUACAAACAAAACUGCAUCCAUAACAUAUAAAGUGCACGUCCCUUUUCUGUUCCAAAUUCGAAAUAAUGGUGGCUUCCCUAUUAGUUGUUUAGAGGUAUGUUGGGUUGAUAAAUCGCCGCUUUUGCCUAUUUUAGGACAUUUUCGUUUGUUUCUGUAGGGAAAGCAAAAACAACAGAAGCGUACCACGACAUUUUUUGAGUUCUGCAAUGCCAGUUCAGGGACUUUGCUGUGCACGGAUGUGGCCGCGCGUGGCCUGGAUAUACCGGAAGUAGAUUGGAUCGUCCAGUUUGACCCUCCCGACGAUCCCAAGGUAAGGGUCCUUCAAACGCUAUUAAGAGGGUCUUCUGUACGUUUUUCGUAAAGCGUGAUCGUGGCUAUUUUUUAAAUUCUUUUGCGACGUGAUUUUAGUUUCUAUUUAUUCGUAACUCGUGAUUGCUCCUCCCAAAGCAGUUUUGUAAUUAAUCGUGAUAUAACUGCAUGUCACAUUGAAUCAUGCCGUAAGGCGAACGAGCCGAUACCCUACUAUCGUGACACGCGAGUUAAGAUUUGACGCGAUUCGUGAACUAUAUUGGGUUGCGUGAAGUGAUUGUUUGUAAUUUCGCUCAAUUUUAAGCCGAUAUAGGCAAAGAGAUUAGCAGAAAAAUGAAGUCAAAGGCAAAAAAAUGAAGUCGUAGCAUGUAAACCUGCCUUACAGCAGAUCGUUAGAAGUGUUGCCCAUACCCUAACAUUUCAUUGAGAUUUCAGAGAAAGCGAAUUACCUUUGGAGUGUUAACAGGUUAGUCGAUAGGAAACCCUAAUCCCUGACACGUGAAUUACUUGAUUUUACUUGAAUGUGAAGGGUAUUCGUGCCGCGUGGAAAGUCUCAAAAUUUUCACUUGAAAGUAUUUUUCAACGGGGUGUAGGGGCAGCUUUAUUAAUCCGUUUGAUCUCCUAGUCUCAGUCAAAAUUGUUGGGACACUUUACUGUCUUCUUGCCCUCUCAAUGUUAGUCUGAAAGAUUUGGUGAGUUAACCACGAUAAACAACAUUGGGAGGACGGGUAGAGGGGCCAGAAGUAAAAAGCAGCCUUCGGUGGAAAUGCCCCAACUAUUUUUUAUGUAGUCUUUGAGACCGACGAAGAUACAAAACAUUCCCGUUUAAAAUCAUUUGUCAUGCCAUAUGCUUACUAUUACUGUAAGUUGCUGCAACGUUACAGUUUCAUUCCUGAACUUUCAACUCCGCACUUUUCAUGGCACAAUCUUCUUUGUGGCCUUAUGAGAGUCUCAUAGAGCCUCAUAAGGCCACAUACAAGGACGUUGCCUCCAGAGUCAGGCCUGAAACGAAACCCUGUCUGAGACCGUCAUGCCAUAUGCUUUCUCUCUUAUAGGAAUACAUUCACCGUGUUGGUCGGACAGCACGUGGGAAUGAAGGGCGCGGUCAUGCCUUACUUCUUCUAUUACCAGAGGAACUUGCAUUUUUGAGAUAUCUCAAGCAGGCUAAGGUCAGUAGAACAUAACAAAGCUAUGGCAAAAAAGGCCUGGUCUUGUAGGCUACUGAGAUCAUGUGCUACAGUUCUCUUAUGCAAGAAAGUGAACCCAUUUCUUACUUAAUCCCGCACUGACUUCAGAGACCGCUUAAUGCUUUUACUUAGGAGAAGUGAAUGUUUCUGAACUUGACAAGUGUCUAAGUUAAAAAACGUUUUCGUUUAAAAAACGAACAAACAAACAAAACAAAACAUUCUUUUCGAAACGAUGUUCCACAAAUUAAAGAAGGUGAGGAAGAAGUGAAAUAUAAGGUCAGAAAUCGCGACAGGACCAGCUCAUCUCCAAGCGGCCGUGCAAUGUUCUAUUAAUUUUAUAAACACAAAUAAAUAGCAAACCCUUUCAGUUUAAUUUUUUUUUUGCUGCGCAAGGCCGAUUUGUAGCCAUUGGAACGGUGAUCUUUUCACGCGCGAAGAUAUCGUCUUUUCACGUUCGAAGAUAUCAUGUUCUUUUCACUUGUAAAGAUAUCAUGUUUUCGCGCGUAUGUUCACCUGCUACUUCAUUAGUGUUUAGCAGUCAACUCUAUAGUAAGCGACAAAGGUGCACGACAAAGUGGUCGCUUACUGGAGGUGGUCGUCUAGGUAAAAAUCGACAAAAAGAAGCUCAAACUGAACUUAUUAACGUAAUUAUAUAAAGUUAAUUACUUUGCAAUCUAAAACUUAGCCAAAUAGACAACUGGCAAGUCGCAACAAUGUUUCACAUUGCCUAGCUCUUGAAACUGUUGAAGCUUUGAACAUAACAUUUAGCAUCAAUUUUACGACCACCUUUCAACGUACGGAUUGUAUCACAGCCAUCUUUUUUGUAAGUCAACUGGUAUAAAUCUGUCAGCCCGCCUUGUUGUGACAUUCGAGUAAUGGUUUUCUCUCAAUCAUGCGUGAUUAUGCCUGGUCUUCGCUUACGGGAAAUGGUCGCUAUGAUAGAUUUGACUGUAUAAUAAAUGCCUUCACCAUUUUUGCCAUUGAAACUGAACCAUAGAUUCUCAUUUCUUUUAGGUACCUCUCAACGAAUACGAUUUUUCAGCCUCAAAAAUAUACAACAUUCAGUCACAGGUAAGCUUGAUUUUUAGCGUUGCUUUAAUUUGAAAUUCAGUUUUGAGUUGAUAGUUUUUCCAAAUUAGGAGAGUGAAGAGCUCGGCGAUUUUAAAACCUGUUUCCAAUGCCCUGUCCACAGGCACCCGGAUAUUUUUGAAAACGGAGAUGUGCGUCCGCGCGUCAGCACGUUUUCAGGCACCAAAAAGCAGGUUUUCGAAACCGGUCUCCAGAGUCGAGUUUUUGAAAACGUCGGCUUACCGUUUUCGUUUCGACGGACGAAAACAGAGGUUUUCGAAUACGAUGAUUUCACACAUCAUAGAGACCAUGACCUGUAAGGGAUGCCAUCUAUUUCCACUGUUUUAGUGUUUACGUUUGAACGGGCGAAAGCGAUUCGAAUACGCUCCGUGCGGACGGAUAUUGCGUUUCGAAAACAGAGAAAAAAUUCUUCGUUUUCAAAAAUAUACGGAUACGUGUGGACAGGGCCUGAAAUUGCAAAAGAAAACAUUAAACCUAAAAAGGUCUUUUGCAUUUAAGUUUUCACCUUAAGGUAUUUUGUGUUUAAUUUGAUUUUCACGAGGCCUAAAACAGUUGUACUUUCUGUCGCAGUUGGAAAAGUUGAUUGAAAAGAACUAUUACCUGCACAAAUCAGCGCGGGAAGCUUACAGAUCGUACCUUCAGGCAUACGCUUCUCACCAACAUAAGAGCAUCUUCAACGUGAACGCGCUGGAUCUUCAACGAGUGUCUCCCGCAUUUGGUUUUACGGUUCCACCACGUGUUAAUCUUAGUAUCCUUUAAAGAGUAUUUGGUUUUCACCUUUCUCUCUUCCCGUAAUAGUUUGCAGAGGAGGUUUAUAUUAUAGAAUGUGAGACACGUAAUUAGGCCGAAGCGCUAAGUAUAGCUAAAUGUGCAUGCUAGUGUGCAAAUCGAACAAGCGUGCAACUGAAAACUGACUUUUUUAAGCCCCUUUAAAUUAAGUAAGCGACAAUUUCAGUGUGUAUUUUAGAGACUACUUAACAGGAUUAAUUUAGGUUUCUGGGAAACUGCCCAUCUACCCCUCCCCUAAGCCAACAUUAUCACCCACUUCUCACUUAGGGCAAAAUGUUGGCUUAGGGGAGGGGUAGGUGGGCAGUUUCCUAGAAACCUAAAUUGAUCCGGAAAAUAGUUACACUUAGCUCCUUAACCCACUGUAAUAGACGUUCACAGCAGCAAAGGCCAGCGAAUACAGAAACGGGGCGGAGGUGGAGGGUUUGGCGCCGGAUACAGAAGUGCUAAACUACAACAAAAAUCUAAGAUAUUUAACAAAAAGAAGAAAGCGGAUGCAAGACAGUUCAGCCGAUGAGGCAGGGGUGGAAGUGGAUAACCGAGUCGGAAAAGGAAAACACGAACGAAUGUUUUAGCACGAAGAGUGAUCUAUCGCUGAUUAAAAACUCCUUCUCUGUGCCUGCUGUUUGCGUAGAAAUUGAAGAGUUUUUUCAGCAGCUCGAGGCUUUCAAUUAACAAUUUGCUCAUGUGCUUAGUAUUCAUAGAAAUAAUUUUCGAGGCAUUACAUUCGUUCUCAUCUUGUCUCUAACCGAUAUUUGGUCAAGGUUCUAUCAAACUGUUACCCUUUCAACAUGAUGUCGAGACUCCUCUGAC